AUGAGCGAUUGGCUUGAGCAGUACUCCGCCGCGCUCGAUCAACGAGAUGCUCGGGAACAGGUGCACAAGCGAUAUAUAGAUGCUUACACCAAGCUCGCGGACAAGUCUGCAUCUGCAAUCAGCAACCGGAGCAACGCAGUGCCGACGUCUCCAAUAUCUGCCGUCCGCACAAGCACACCAACAGCCAAAGGCAAAGCCGCAACCAUAGCAAGCGACAAAACAGAUGACCCCCUCUCGACUCUCCGCACAGACCUAGCAGCCACGCAAAAAGCACGUGCAGCCUUGCAGGCCCAAGUUGACGACCUCACCACCUCACUCAAAACUCUCGAGGCCCAGAGCAAGGCCUCAACCACCCAAAUCGCCCUCCUAACCCGACAGAAGGUCGAUGGGGAGAGGAAGCUACGCGACCGCGACGAAGAAAUCCGCGGCAAAAGCAAACUGGUGACCGAAGCGCAGGACGAAAUGGUCGCGCUGUCUCUGCAGCUCAACAUGGCUGAGCAGACGUCCGAGAAGCUGCAGAAGGAUAACAAGGAGUUGUUGGAUCGCUGGAUGACCUCUAAACGCGAGGAAGCGGAUCGAAUGAAUCGAGACUCGAGUUGGCAGUGA